AUGUCAAAUGCCUUCAACCUUGCCCGAAAUGCCAGUAAGCCUAGGGCUAUCUGGAGCGAUACCCUAACCAAGCAGCACUUUGACUUCAACGGGAACGUUACAUUGUUUGUGGCAAUACUCAAACAUAGUGUUUCGCUGAGGGCCACGUCUCAUGAGGCUGACAACAUCGACGAAGAGCGUGACGAAGAUGGCGGUCCUGACCUUUGUCGAAAGGUUGCACCGCUUUAUGAUACAUGUGGUGUAUACAUUAUCGACGAUGAGCCGAUCAAGGAGGAUUGGCUUUCGGUUCGAAACUACCUCUCUCGAUACGAACAAAACUAUAUAUCAACUGGUUACAUUGCGAGAUGGAUCGCAGGGCAGUCCCAGUUACAUCAGCAACCUAGUCACAACACCCAAGAAAUGAUCAAGAAGCAGAUCGAGACUAUCGAGAAGAAUCGCCAGGCUGCGUUCGAGGAGCUGUGCAAGAUCCACGCCUGCCGUGGCAAGAUUGAAAAGACACUUGUUAACCUGACCGAAGUCUUAAAGAGAGACUAUCCUACCCCUCGUGGCCCCGGGGACGAAUAUGAUCUAGUGUUAAACGAACAAAAUGUUUAUGCCUUUUCACUUCUUACGUGGGAAAUUCGAAAAAUGAAAGAAGAAUUACUACGAGAAUUUGACCCAAACCUCGAGGGCCACGACUACGACUAUGAAGGCAUUGGGUAUGUCACUAUGAGAGCCCUGGAGAGCCCAGGGGGUGAACCCGCCAAUUCACUAUCUUCUGUCAAGCCCGUCAAAAAGUCAGCCUAUCUCUGGGACGCAGGUCUUUGUUUGGAGGACUUGCUCAACACACACGGAGACGGCCGUAAAGACGGAGGCCACAAGGAGUGA